UUUGCACGAACGUGACAAGAUGGUGUUUGGUCAGGUUUGGAGGAGGUGUUCUUUGGUCCAAGGGAUCAGACGGUCAAAGAAGGAGAGGAGGCCUCCUUCCGCUGCGUGUCUGGCGAAAGCUCGUCACCCGCCGCCAUCCUGUGGAUCAAAGAUGGCAGCGUUCUCACCACAGGGAGGCAAAGCCAGGGAGAAUACGGAGGCGGGCGUCAGAGGAAGACGUCAGGAACGCUUCGUCUGGUCAACGUGAGCGCUGAAGACGGCGGCGUGUACGUGUGCCAGACCGUCAACCCUUCGCUCAACAUCAGCCGGAGGAGCAAGCCAGCCAAGCUCACCGUGCUCGGUACUCAAACUACUUUCACAUUUUGCUCCUUCCUGCUUUGUAAUGUCAAACCCUAACCCUGGCUUGGAACCUUGAUUUGAAAUCCUGAAUUGAAACUAGUUUUUCAUUUGGUCAUUUCCUUGUCUAGCCGCCCCUUUGGUGACCUUGCGGCCCCCCGCCUUAACGGUAGCCUUGGGGGGCCGAGCGUCCCUGCAUUGCGAGGCGUCGGGCGAGCCCCCGCCAUCCAUCAGCUGGCUGAAGAGAGGCCACUCCAAGCAGACGGGGGCCAAGAUGACCUUGGGAGCGAGGAAAGCCACGCUCCGCAUCGAGUCUGCUCGCAGCUACGACGAAGGCACGUACGUGUGUGAUGCCUCCAACGCGCUCGGUCGCAGUCAAGCCACGGUCACGCUUGCCGUCGCGGGCUCCUCAUCCUGGUCUUCAAGUGUGUCUCCACAACUGCGGUCCACGAGUGUCCCUCCGGGCGAGUCUUUGGUGACUCAGGUGCAACCUCCCGUGCUGCCGCUGCCCUCGUACCCCAACUUCCAGCAGCCCGAACCCCAAACGGACGCUCGGCCCACCACGCAAGUUGCCACACGCACUCCUCACAUCAGAGCAACCAAAUCUUCUCCAGUCCAGCUCGAAAACUCCCUGCAAAGGCCUUCCAUCCGGAUCCUCGGGCCUACUCCGGAACCUGCUGAGGUCAGGGGGCUCGAUGAUUCCGUUGGACGAAAUGGGAGCCGGCGGGAUCAAGCGGGGGCGGCGGACGAGGAGCAGAGGAACACGUCGCAGUCGGCUGUGACCGGCAACGACCCUCCCUCCAGGGUGACUCCGCAGUCGCCUUCGUGGUUGCCCGUCCUGGAGAAACACGACGUGCCCAUUGUGGUGGGUGUGGGCGUGUCACUGGCCUUCAUCUUCGUCACCGUGGCCUUCUACUCUGUGGUGCAGAAGAAUGAGCCGGUGCCCACUGGACGUGCAGCCCAGAGGAACCUGGGAGUCCCCAUGCGUCACGCGGAGCGACACCCUGCGGGACAACCGUAUGAGAACCGGGCCUUUGAAGACGACGAGUGCUUGGUGGUGAUGGAACACAAUGCCAACUCGUCAGACACCAGAGCUAGACCUCCAGGCCUCAGUCUGGUCACGGUCCAGAUGGAGCCCACGUGCGAGGCCGCCCGCUCGGUCACUGUGGAGACCUACCCCGAGCCUGUCGUGGACACCCAGAUUGACCACGGUGAGGAGGAGGAGACCGACGGCGAGGAGAAGGCCAGCAGUCCCCACAGUGCUCCCAGUUUGCAGUUGACUGAAGAGGAGUGGCCCAGCAUGGCGGCGGACAACCAGAGCCUGUGCCAGGACACCCUGCCUCCCCCGUCAUCCUUCCCCACCCCUUCCCCGCCCGAUACGGGCCUGCGAUCCUCACUCACCCUGCGGGGGGCUGAGGCUCUGGCGGCCCCCCUCCACCACAGCCUCAGCGUGUCGCACGGGGGCGCCCCCUUGAUGAUCUCGCACCACGUCUCGGUGGGACACGCCACAGUGUCGGUGGACGUUCAUUUUUACCCAACGGCCGCCACUGUGGUGGGGGCAGGCGCAAGCGCCGCCACUUCUACGUUGGAUAACAAGCAGGAGAACGAUAAGGGCAGACUCCAUCAGAGCAAAUGAUUUCAUUCUACAGUAAAGCCAGGACACUUAAAGCAGCAGUUCUCAAACUUUUUGGGUUAUUCAUUUAAUCCCCAAAACUUGGGUCAAAUGAAUAAGACACAAAACAACCCGAUUUUUGUUGUUGUUGUUAGCAAUUAGUUAAAUGUCUGGUACCCACUUAUGUAUUUUUUGAGUGGCAUGACAAAUUACACAAACCAAAGACAUUGGUGUGUGUGUGUUUCUCUUUUAAGUGUCGACCGGGUUGGAAAACCAUCCGAAAAAAAUUAAAGCGGUCAUUAAAUGGCCAAUCAGAUUACUGAUAUUUUAAAAAAUGGAUGGAUAGAGCUUUUUAUAGCAUUACGAAAGAACGCUGAAAAUUGGAUUUCUUUUCGUCAAUGUAUGUGUUACCAUAUGCUGAUUUAUAAUUUCUGAUGUAUAUUACUUUGGCAUCACUGUUUGUUUCAUUUCAGUGUCACAUACAGAGCUGACUGACUGUUAAUUCUUUUUUAAAAGACCAAAGGGGGGGCUACAACUGUGCUAGUGUAAAAUGUGACGUACACGAUGUUGCUUUAAUUUUGGUCAGUGAGUGUAUAUUCGGAGCUAUGAUGGAAAGACGUGAAAUGCAAUAUUGCUCUGCUUUGAAUUUAUUCCAGGACAUAUUGUAUUUGGAGAAAACAAAAAAUAAAGAUUAAACAUCA